AUGGGACCAUUUUCGAAAGGCUUGGGCCUGCGAGGCCUAAGUCUGAGCCUUCUAUUCCUCCUGUCCUGUACCACCAAUGUCGCAUCGGGUAAGUGAUCGUUUCUUUGUUUGUUGUAGAAAAUGAUGACGAAACGCAAGUGUUAAAAGUGUCACGAUGUGCAGAUAAUUCGUGUGGUGGAAGUGGAGGAAGUGCACGAUUGGGUGAGAAGAAGAAGAAGAAGAAGAAGCUCUAACGCGCACGCCCACGCACACUUUUAGUUGCAACACUCACUUUCUCUCUUUUGGUUUUAGUUUUUAGAGCACACACUGCAAUUUUGUGGAAAAAAAUUGAACCGUUUGCGGGCCAUGUUCAAAAUUUUGAAAAAAUGUCGUUUUGAAAGCGGCUAACUCGCAAUGCAAUUGUCUGAGAUGAACCAAUCAAAUAACACAGCUGGAGGUGCCCGAUUGGCCAUUUGUUAUUUCUCCGGAACUUUUGGCGCAUCACAUUGACCUCGUUCCCCCCUCAACACUGAAAAGACGGCGCAACUUUUUCUCUCUCUCUCUCUCUCUCUCUCUCUCUCUACCUGUAUCUACUUCUUCUUCUUCUUCUUCUUCGUGUCGCAAAACCACUCACACGCACACAGACACAAAAUAAGCCAGUAGACAAAUGACACGAAAAAGAGGAGACGUGGGGGGUAAUAAGAAGUGGUGGAAAAGAGAGUCAAUUUAAUUUUGACACGCGCCAAUGUACUUGUAAACUUUCGUGUGGGCACAUUGUUCACCGAAACGGGGCAGGGAGACGGAAAUUAGGACGAUUUUUGGGUCAAAUUCAAGUUUUUUUUUUGUACCUCUUUUCUCCAAACAAGUGUGGACAUUUCGAAACAACGACAGGUUUUUCGAGGCUUUUCAAGUUUCACGCACAUUGAAAUUCAACAAAAAAUUGCUUAGACGCUUUGCAACCAGCACAGCCUAAUUUGUAGUUGUAGUUGCAAAACGUUCACAGCGGUUGCGAAGCGUCCAAACGGAACAUUUCACAACGAACUACCGUACUGUAAAAGAAGGGCAUCUCCAAUUAUUGUCAAUUCAAAACGAUUUAUCUCGGCUGCCAAUUGAGAUAUUAAAAAGUUGUCAAUUGCAAAAAUGUUUAUUAAUAAAUUCUCUACAUUUUAUUAGUUGACAACUUUUUUGUAUCUCAACCGGCGGCUAAGCUAUUCCAUCCUAAAUAAACGGUAUUGAGGUGCUUCUUCUAUUACAGUAUUGUAGUUUCGCAAAAGUCCACUCGGUUGCAGAACGUCCAUCGUUUCGAAAUUCCAUAGAAUCCCAGUUAGCGUUGCACUUUUUUUUCUUUUUCAAACUCUUCAAUUUGACACCCUCCAAUAAUGCUCCAAGUUCCACGUGUGGAAAGCAAAUUUGCAGGAGCGAAUCCGUGCCAAGACUACUCGCUGCACGACUGCGAUCCGGUGGCCGAAUGCUUCUCCGAACAGCCCGGCUAUUUUCAGUGUCAAUGCCCGCGCGGAUUCAGUGAUGCGUCCGCCGACAAACGAUUCCCGGGCAGAAAAUGUGUGAGAGGUAUGUUCUUGUUUUUUUUGGGGGGCGUUUGUGAUUCGAUUCCUAGGAAAAGCGGCGGGGAUAGUUGAUCAGAUAGAUAAGGAGGGCGGACAAAUCAGAAGUUAAGCGAGAAUCGGGGGAUAAGAAGAAACUGGCUACUGCAGCUUGUGGGUCAAGGACGUGUGUCUCCCACAUCAAUUAGUCAGAGAGAAGAAAUGAUGACGAUGACUGAGUGACCACCACCGUCCAUCCAUCCACUUUGUAUCAUUUUUAUGUGCGCGUACGUACCCUGCAACUGAUUUGUGUGGAUAAUUUUGGGCGAGAAAACAUGAAAACACUUUUUCGUGUAAUGUCGUCGUCUCAGAGGGAUCGGAACUGAGAACGAAGAACUAGGCAAACAUGUCAUAUACAACCCACGAUGACCAUGGGCUAUGAUCCUUGAAGGCGUGAUAUUGGUGAGGUGAAUACAACUUUUUGUGUGGGUUUUCAGAAGUUUACAGUGGUGAGAUAGCCGGGAAAUUCAAUAUUGUUCAUUUGAGACUAUGUAUCUCGUUUGUCUGCGCAGUUAUGACAAAACUGUCAACUAGAAAAAUGUGCACAAAGUUUAGCCGAGCAUUUUAUCAGUUGGCAACUUUCUCGUAUCUCUAUCGACAGCCAAGAUAUCAAGUUUUGAAUAAAAGGUGUUGAAGUGACGGUGUGGCAUAUGCGAAACUUUUAAAAAGGCGCAUACCAUAUUCAUAUAAAUCACCAAUGUAUUUCAAGGUUUUUCGAGAACAAUAAUCCUAUAAAAGGAAGGGGGGUGAAAUGAAUCAAAAAGUGAUAGACGCGACCUUGUCUCUCUUCUUUUUCUGAGCAAUGCCGAUUCAAUUCCCCCCCUCCCCUCAUUUUUCUUUUCUUCGAGAACGAAUCCAUUUUGCGUCUCGCCAUUUGUAAUUGCACUAUGAUAGCCUCCUCCUUCUCCUCCCACACAUUUCGGGGUUCACCUUGAAUUUCACACACACACAAAAGACGGCGAUCCGCAUUGACACCCGGAGGAGGCAUUUUUCAGUCAGGGGGCCAUUUCUUCAAACUAUGAUUUUGAGGGGAGCCAAAGGGUAACUUGAGCUUAAAAGCAUUCUGAAGGCGAUCUUGAACGGCUCAAAAAACGUUGAGUUAAGCCACACCCUUGAAAAUAAAUUCCUCAAACCAUUUACAGCUGUGGACGAAUGCGCAUUGGGCCGACAUACUUGUGAUCCACAUGCCGACUGCAUCGACACCCAUCAGGGAUACACGUGCAAGUGCAGAAGCGGAUACUCGGACGCCUCUUCGGAUUCUCUCCGGAAUCCUGGACGCAUUUGCAAAAAAGGUAUAAUAAUCCGAAAGUAGUCUUAGGCCAUUUUGCCCUGCGCUAGGUUUGACGCUUUUCAAGACGAUGUAUCUCAACUGUCGGUAAAGAUAUCAAAAAGUGAUCAACUAGUAGAAUGCUCAUUAGGAAAUUGUGUACAUUUUAUCAGUUGAUCACUUUUCGAUAUCUUUAUCAUCGCCUGAGAUAAAUGGUCCUGAAGGAUUGGCAUAGCAAAACUUCAUAAAUCAGCAAUCCUAAUCUUAAACUGUGUAGAAUUUAAGUGAAAAAGUUGAGGAAACUUUUUCCCUCCUCCUCGAUAUCCUUUGUUUCUCAAGACACCCGAAUCUGCCAAUUCUUCUCAACCAUAUAAAAAGUGAAUAGGGAAUGAAUACCAGUUUUAUUAGGCAUGCUGCCCGCGCGAGUAAAUCCUUUCCAAUAGACGGUACAUCUGCCGUUUCCUCUCGCCAGAUCACUUUCCGAAGGUAUAGCGAGGGAUGAGAAGAAGAAGAGGAAGAAGAAGAAGAAGAAGAAGAAGAAGCCUGAAGGAUUUGUGUGAAGGGGACAAUAGUUGACACACAGAGAAGGGGGUUACGAAAAGAACAUGAACAUGAAUAUGAUUUGUGAACACAAAAUAUGACUAGUAGGGACCAGAGUUGAGCGGAAGAAUUUUUUUUUAUCUUUUUUAGAAAAUUUUUUCAUGAAAUUUGAUCAACUGACGAAAUGUAUAGCAAAGUGAACUCUGCUCAUAGAAAAAUAAUUGUAAAUUUAGCUUUUCAUAGAAAAAAAAAGUUAUUCGAGUUGUUCCGUGAACAAGGGGCUAACGGAACAACUCGAAUAAUUUUUUUGUAUGAAAAGCUAAAUUUACAAUUAUUUUUCUAUGAGCACAGUUCACUUUGCUUUACAUUUCGUCAGUUGAUCACAUUCUAUGAAAAAAUUUUCUAAAAAAGAUUAAAAAAAAAUUCUUCCGUGUUCUUCCGCUCAACUCUGUUAGGGACAUUUUGCAAACCGACUACAACGUGUUGGUUGCGAAAUGUCCAACCACAAGCGCCAAUCGAUUUCUGCUGAAUAUUGCAUAGUAACAUUAGUUGCAAAACGUCGCAGUUUCAAAACGUCAACUCAAUUCAAUUCGAUUUCAGCUGACAUGUGCUCAAACAUUGACUGUGCGGCCGAGGCGGAAUGCCGCGAGACGCCGAUCGGACCGAUGUGUCAGUGCGUGAGCGGCUUCGUCGACGUGUCACGCCAACACGGACGGCCCGCCGGACGGGUGUGUCGGGCGGUGGUGAACGAGUGCGCCGAGGCGAGACACGACUGUUCGGCGCACGCGACGUGCAUCGACACGGCCGACGGGUACACGUGUCGGUGCAAGGACAGCUUCCGCGAUGAGUCACCCGACACGCUCCGUCAACCCGGAAAAGUUUGUGUCAGAAGUGAGUGAGCGAGAGAGACUUUUGAGGGGGGGGAACACGAAAAAAACGGUGCGCGCUAAUCGAAACCGAUUUCAGCGGUCCUUCCCGAUCCGCCCGAGUGCGAAGUGAGCGAUCCGAUGAGUUGUGAUCAGCGGAAGCGAGAAGUGUGCAUAUUUGUGGAGAACACGUAUAAAUGUCGGUGUGCAAACGGAUACUCGCGACUUCCGGAUGGAAGAUGUGUGGUUAUUAAUGAAUGUGCUCAGCCGAAGCUCAAUUCGUGCGGAAACAACGCCGAAUGUAUCGAUUUGGUGAGCGAGACUGAAGUCUAGCAUCUAUUUUAGAAUAUUUUUUCAGGCCGAAGGGUACACGUGUCAGUGCAGAAGCGGUUACGCCGAUAUCUCGCCGGCAGGACAGCCGGGACGAAUUUGCAGAGCACGAGUGAACGAGUGCAGCAACAAGUGAGUUUAGAAGUUGUGCUGUGCUUCCGAAAUGUGUUUAAAUGUAAUCUACACGCCUGGUACUUGGUUUUUGUAGUUGGUCACUUUUUCGUACGACCACUCCCUGGAGUACUGUGGUCCCUUGAAAGUGAAGACUAGUUUGAAGCACUUUGAUUUCAGUCUCCACUUUCAAGAGCUGCAGUACUCUAAGGAGUGAUCAAAUCAAAAAGUUUUCAACAACAAAAUUAAAGAUCAUCUCUUGUACUGUGUUUUUGAAGUUGACAACUUUUCGAUCCGACCACUCCCUAGAGUACUGUAGCACUAGCAAACUAGAAAAAAGUGGCCAACUAGAAAAAAAUAGUACCAAAUGGGAAGAUUUUGUAUAAUCCACCGUUUUCAGAGAGAAGUACACUGUGGACUGCUCGGAGAACGCGAUCUGCAUCGACACGGAAAACGGCUACUCGUGCCGCUGCCGUCCCGGAUUCGCCGACGUCUCCGCCUCGUUCAACCGUCUGCCCGGCCGUCGGUGCAUCGAGGCGAUCAACGAGUGCGCGUCGCCGAACCUCAACGAUUGCUCGAAGAACGCGUUCUGCGAGGACGCCAAGGAGGGAUUCGUGUGCAGUUGCCGUCCCGGAUACGUCGACACCUCACCCAACGCCACACAUUAUCCGGGCAAAGUGUGCACGAAACCGGUGGAGAAGGUCCACGUCACCGACCUCAAAGACACGUCUUUCUCGACGGACCAAUGCGAUCCGAGACAUUCAAAGUGUGGAGCCAAUGAAGUUUGCGCGGCGGACAGAAACGCUCAGGGACAUUACAGUUGCGAGUGCGUCGACACUGCCUUCCGCUACACGGACGGAAGCUGUCGAGGUGAGUGAUCGAUCGAUCGAUCGGUUGGCAAAGUGUCCCACUGUUUAAAGGACCAGGGAACCCAAAAAUUUUGUGAAAUUUUUUUGUGAAAUUUUUUUGUGACUGUUUGAAUUGUCUCUUAUUUCCUCAUACACUGGUGAAAUGCUGCCUCUCAAAAAUGCCAAUGAACGAAACGGCAUGCAGUUGAAGUUGUGGCCGUGGCCUAGCGCCAAUGGCCUAGAAAUAUGCGCUUCUCGUCCAUUUUAUUUUUUCCGCUUUUUUCGCGAUAAAAUCACCCUUGUUCCACGGAAACCACUCAUCUGGCACUUCGUAUCGACUGAAUGAAAGCAAUUUUUUAGCAGUGAAAAAAUAAGUAAGUGCCGAACAAAUGUCAAUUAACUGAAAAAUGGGAGAAACCGUGAAUUUUUGGAAAAAAAACCGGUAAAAAAGCGGAAAAAAUAAAAUGGCCGAGAAGCGCAUAUUUCUAGGCCAUUGGCGCUAGGCCACGGCCACAACUUCAACUGCAUGCCGUUUCGUUCAUUGGCAUUUUUGAGAGACAGCAUUUCACCAGUGUAUGAGGCAAUAAGAGACAAUUCAAACAGUCACAAAAAAAUCAAAAAAUUUUUGGGUUCCCUGGUCCGUUAACAAAUUUAUCGUUCCAGUCUAUUCGGCGUGCUCGAAACGCAACACAUGCGACAAAAACGCCAUAUGCCUUAACCGGUUCGACUCGUACACGUGUCAAUGCCGUCCCGGCUUCAUCGACCUGUCCAUUGACCUGAAUAACGCGCCAGGACGGAUUUGUAAAGAAUGUGAGAAAGAAUUCGUCGAAGGGGCGGGGUCUGAUUGUAAUUGAAUUGCAGUGAUCAACGAGUGUGCAACUUCGGACAACGAAUGUUCGCCGUAUGCGCGAUGCAUUGACGCCACCAACGGGUAGGUCACUCUAAAAGAACAAUAUCUCAAUGUAGAGACAUGAUCGGAAGAUGUCGUCAACUGCAAAAAUGUAGAGCAUAACAUUAUCUAUCAAAUCGUUUUUGAACCAUCUGAAAAUCUGCGAAAAUGGCCGAGAAACAGACGUGCAAACGUGGCACCGAUUUUGCGAUUCUUUCAGCUACGCGUGCCAGUGUCUCGACGGAUACAUCGACGUCUCGAGUCGCUACAACAAACCGCCGGGCCGUCACUGCUCGAACGCCAACAACGAGUGCUCGGAGAAGUCGUUGAACACGUGCGACGACAACGCGGACUGUGUCGACACACCCGACGGAUACACGUGUCAGUGCUACGCCGGCUUCGUCGACGUCUCCUCGAACGCGAAUCUGCCGCCCGGACGAGUUUGUACGGUUCAGACGACGUGUCCGAAGCAGAAGACCGAUUUGGUGUUCUUGAUCGACGGAUCCGGUUCGAUUGGAUCGUAUGUCUUCAAGAAUGAGGUUCUGCGCUUCGUCAGCGAGUUUGUCGAGCUUUUUGAGGUACGAUUUGUGUAUAGGAACCCUAGGAUUAGGAUAUUUUGCAACUAUUUUGAAACUUAAGCCUACCACACUAAAAGAAAGCUAUUUCAGAUCGGUAGAAGCAAGACCCGAGUUGGCCUGAUCCAAUAUUCCGAUCAAAUCCGUCACGAGUUCGACCUGGAUCAGUACGGAGACCGGCACAGCCUACUCAAGGGAAUCUCGGAAACGCAGUACCUGACGGGUCUCACACGAACCGGAGCGGCCAUUCAACAUCUCGUCCAGGAAGGCUUCAGCGAGAGACGAGGAGCACGUCCCCAGCAAGACGACAUCGCCCGUGUCGCCAUUAUUCUCACGGACGGACGCUCGCAGGACAAUGUGACCGGACCGGCGGAUUCGGCGCGCAAACUCGCCAUCAACACGUUUGCCAUCGGAGUGACGGAUCACGUGCUGGCGAGUGAACUCGAGUCCAUCGCCGGAUCGCCGAAUCGUUGGUUCUACGUCGACAAGUUCAAGGACCUCGACACCCGACUACGGUCCAUGAUCCAGAAGGCGGCGUGUCCGAGCCCGGUGAAGCAGGAGACGCCGCUGGAGGAGGGAUGCAACCCGCGCACCCAAACCGGAUGUGACAGAAGUCUCAAUGAGCACUGCGCCAUCGACGGAGCCCGUCCGAGAUGUGUCUGUCCCGUCGGAUUCACGAGACAUCCUCUGACAAGAGUGUGCGGAGGAGACUUGUGCAAUCCGCAACUCAUCACUUCGUGCAUAUUCCCCGAAGAAUGCCAGAUUACGCCCUACAAGAACUUUAGAUGCUCCUGCCCCGAAGGAUAUAAUCGCGAUUAUCGCAGCGGAUUUUGUGGUUGGUUUUUCGAUGGAAUAGCCGAUGAAUAUGAUGAUGAUAAUUUGUUUCAGUGUCGGUCAAAGAGAUCCAAAUCUCGCCGCAGCACGACGCCAACUGCCACAACGGCGGAGUUCGAUGCGCGGAAAACGAGCGAUGCGCGAACGACGGCGGCUCCGAUUGGUUCUGCGAAUGUUUGCCCGGAUUUGAGAGGAUUCGAAACGGGCAAUGCGCCUAUCCGGGAUCGUGCAAUCCGAAUGAUCCAAUGUCGUGUGACAUCCGAAAACGGCAACAGUGUCUGCCACAUGGCAACAUUUUCACAUGCCAGUGCGCGAGAAAUGAACGAAGACAUCCGAUCACUGACAUUUGCCGUUAGUUCUAGCUCUUUUUCUUGCCGCUGAAUUUCGAGAGAAUACUCGUUAUGGGGCUAUUCAGCGUAUGUUUGUUUUCCGUUUUUUUACAUCGCUGAAUUGGAUUUUUUGACGUAAAAAAACGGAAAACAAUCAUUUUUUUCACAGCCUGAAUAACCCCAUUAAUUCCGUAGAAUGGCCAUUCUCUCAAUUCGCUUCGAGACCCGCCCCUCCUAAAAGUAGCUGCGCCUUGAAAGUUCGCUCACCGCGCGCGCGACCUUUUUCUCCGUUUGUCAACGAAAAACAAACUAUUUUUUAGUGAAAAACGAGUGUCUGCUCGGAGACCACGAUUGUGACCGUUCGGCACGUUGCAUCGACACCGACGAAGGCUACAUUUGCGCGUGUCCCUCCGGAUUCAUCGAUCAUUCGCCGAAUCCGUCCCAAAAGCCCGGAAGACUUUGUGUCGCGCAGCAGAACGAGUGUUUGGACGGUACGAACAGGUAUUUGCUAAUUGAAUCCAAAAAAAAACUCUUUUCAAAAACCCGAUUCCAGAUGCUCGCCGAACGCACUGUGCACGGACACGGAAGAAGGAUACGUGUGCCGGUGCAAAUCCGGAUUCGUCGACUACUCGCCCAACCCGCAAACGUUCCCGGGAAUGGUUUGUCGCGAACUGGUGAAUGAGUGCCUGUCGCCGGGACUCAAUCAAUGCGAUCGCAAUGCGCAUUGCAUUGACACCAUUGAAAGUUACACGUGCAUCUGCAAACCUGGCUUCGUCGACAUGGACGAGUUUGGAAACCCGGGAAGACAUUGCCAGCAGAGUAUGUCUUUUUAUUCACUUGAACUGUUGAAAACCAAAGUAACCUUGCAGUCAAAACCAACGAAAAGUGCUCAGUUGGCAACAACGACUGUGACCGCAACGCGCGGUGCAUUCAAAUCGGCGACGACGACUACUCUUGCGCGUGCCCUCCAGGAUUCAAGGACAAGUCGCCGUCGGCUUCGCGGCCCGGGAGACUUUGUAUUCCGGUGAUUCCUGAGUGCGACAACCCGACGCUCAACGAUUGUGACUCGCCGGACCGGGCGAUUUGUACGGAUACCGACGACGGCUACAUGUGCAGAUGUCGACAGGGAUUCCUGGACAUUUCACCGAGCAUCUCCUCAAAGCCAGGACGUCUCUGCAAGCCACGUAAGUUUGAUUAACAAUGCAUCAUAGACCAUAUUUGCAUUUUUUUUUAGUCCAAAACGAGUGCGCGCUGGGAACUGACGAUUGUGCCCGUGAUGGAGGAAUCUGCGAGGACACGCCCGACUCGUUUACCUGCCGAUGCGCCAUGAACUACCUCGACGUCUCGUUCGACCGAGUCACCCGACCCGGACGGAAGUGCAAGCGGCUCAUCAACGAGUGUCAGACCGGACAGAACGAUUGUUCGGAAGAAGCCACGUGUACCGACACCGAGGACAGCUACAUCUGUGCUUGUCCAUCGAGCCACAUCGACCUGUCUCCGGACACCACGAACCGACCGGGACGGCGCUGUUUGUUGAGUGAGUGUGGCCAAACCAAAAGAGUUCUAAAAUAUCUUAUCUCAAUAAUUUUAGGAAUCAACGAAUGCACGUCAAAUCGCCACGACUGCUCGCCGAACGCCGAUUGCAUCGACACUUCCGAAUCGUUCAAAUGCCGAUGCCGAGACGACUUUGUCGACGAAUCGCCGGAUCAAUCCCGUCGUCCGGGACGCAUCUGUCGUCCGGCGCUCAUCGACGAAUGCCGCGCGCAGAAGCACGAUUGCCACGUGAACGCCGUCUGCCAGGAUCUUCCGCAGGGCUACACUUGCCAGUGCCUUCCCGAUUUCCUCGAUGUCUCCCCGCACCGCACCACUCAUCCGGGACGCUUGUGCCAAACUCGUCCGACGCCGCCGCCGCCAGAAUGUCAACUCGACGGCUCGAAUCAGUGCAAGGUGCAUCUCAACGAGGUGUGUCGGCUUGUACUCGGCGAGCCCAAGUGCUCGUGUCCGGCCAACUACCAGCGAGACUCUUCGGGAUCUUGUUCGGUGAUCAACGAGUGUCAAUUCCCACAGCUCAAUGACUGUCAUACGGCGGCCGAGUGCAUCGAUCAGGUGCAGGGAUACACGUGUCAGUGUCGUGACGGAUUCAGAGACAUCGGAACGGACAAGAGAAGACCGGGCAGAAAUUGUAAACCACUGGUGAACGAGUGCCAGUACCCGCACCUCAAUGACUGUCAUCAACACGCCUCGUGCAUAGACCUGGACGAAGGGUACGAGUGCAAGUGCAACCAGGGAUUCAUGGAUCUUUCGCAAGGACGGCCCGGUCGAAUCUGCCGCCAACUCAUCAACGAAUGCUCUCGGCCAUCGCUGAACACGUGCGACCGCAACGCGAGGUGCAUUGACAAGGAGGAGGGGUACAAUUGCGAGUGCCGCGACGGAUUCAUCGAUGUCUCUCCGUCACCGACGCUCCAAGGACGCGCGUGUCGUGAGCUGAUCAACGAGUGCGCGAACACGAAACUCAAUGAUUGCGACAAAAACGCGCGGUGCAAGGAUACACUGGACUCGUACGAGUGCGAAUGUCCCGUCAACUCGAAGGACAUUUCGCCGAGCCCAUCGUUCCCGGGAAGAGUUUGUCUCAUGUGUAAGUAGAGUUUUGUGUAAACAUGUUUUUGAUCCAAUAUCUAUAUAAUUUCAGUCAUCAACGAAUGCGAGACGGGAGUGCAUGAUUGUGACCCACUUGCCACGUGUCGUGACAACGAACAAUCGUUCACUUGCGAAUGUCCCGCCGGAUUUGUGGAUCGGUCGCCGAACAAGCUCGCGCGGCCCGGAAGAGUCUGUGUGAAACUCGUCGACGAGUGUCGCGAAGGACGUCAUACAUGCAGUGCCCAUGCGGACUGCCGCGACCUCGAGGAAGGAUACACUUGCGAAUGCCGCGACGGAUACGUGGAUCGCUCGCCGAACCUCGCCAGCCAGCCGGGAAGAGUGUGCUCGGCGCCUGAAGUCUGCCCGCCAAACCAUGAUUGCUCGUCGGCUGCGGUUUGCGAGCCGUUGGGCGGAAUGAAGUACCAGUGCAUCUGUAUUCAAGGAUACGUGGAUCAGUCGCCGUCCGGACAAAAGGGAAGAGUUUGUGUUAGAAGUGAGUUUUUGAUGAUGGUACGGUGAAGCACAUUUACACAUUUUACAGACAACGCUUGCCACGACCCGAAGCUGAACACGUGCUCGCGCAACGCAAUCUGCUACGACGAGUCGCGUGGCUACCGAUGCGAAUGCAAACGUGGCUUCCUCGACCGUUCGCCGGAUCCGAUGCAACGUGGCCGAGUCUGUGAACCGCCGCCACCACCGUCCCCGCCGCCACGUCAUCCGUGCCAGGACCCGGAUCGCAAUGACUGUCAUCCGGCAGGAACUUGCAGAGCCAUCGGCGCCCAGGAUUACACGUGCGAAUGUUUGGCCGGAUACGCGGAUCGAUCUCCGAACCCGCUGCAAAAGCCCGGAAGGCUGUGUGUGCUCACCGAGCCGAUUUGUCUGGAUCCCGAGCAGAAUGAUUGUCACGCGGCGGCGAUUUGCAGCGAAGUGAAUGGGCCGGAGAAGUACACGUGCAAAUGCAGGGAUGGGUAUACGGACGAGUCGCCCGAUGCGCUGAGACGUCCCGGAAGAGUGUGUAAGGGAAUCGUGAACGAGUGCUUGGAUCGCUCGUUGAACGACUGUCACUCUCUCGCCAUUUGCAAGGAUCUUCCGAACGGAUACACGUGUCAGUGCCCGAUUAAUGCGAAGGAUCAGUCGCCGGACCCGCGACGCCCCGGCAGAAUGUGUACUUUGGCGGUGAACGAGUGCGCGAACCCGUCGUUGAAUAGUUGCUCGGCGUUCGCGGAUUGUGUCGACGAGGAGAACGGCUACAGGUGCAGGUGCCGACACGGAUACCACGAUGAUGAUCCGAGCCAUCCGGGACAUCGAUGCUCUUUCAGUAAGCCCACCAGCGACUGUGUAGGGAUUCACAAUCAAUUGUUUUUCAGUGAUCAACGAAUGCGACAGCUCCAAUCUCAAUGAUUGCGAUAAGAACGCCAAUUGUUUGGACACGCCCGGAGGUUACGAAUGCGCGUGCCGACCGCCGUUCCGUGAUGAGGGACCACGUCAGCAGCCGGGAAGAAUCUGCCGACUGAACGAAUGCCUCCAUCCACAAAUGAACACCUGCGACAGCAACGCCGACUGCCGCGACCUGGACUACGGAUACACGUGCACUUGCCGUCACGGUUUCUACGAUCAGUCGCCGAACCCGCAGGAGCCCGGACGCAUCUGUAUCGAGUUCCAGCAAGAGCAGCACAUCGAACGUGUCACUGUGAGCACAGUCCAGUCCCAGCCGACCAACGAGUUCCCAUGUGGACGCGACAAUUGUGUGAAGGCGCGUGGAGAGGUGUGCAUUAGCGGCGAGUACUGUGGCUGCAAACCCGGAGAAGGACGGUCCUCAAGCAGUGGAAGGUGUCAGCCGGUCCAAGAGACGCCUCUCGAGAUCAGAGUUGUGACCCGAGAUCAGAGACCGCUCAUGUACUCGACAGAAUUCGGAUCGCAGAAGAACCCAUCCUACGUCGAGAUUGUCGAGUUGUUCGAGAAGAAUAUGGCGAGAACGUUCGGAGGAACUUCGUUGGCGCCACGAUACGUCAACACCAAGGUCAACUAUAUUACCCAUCCGAAGACGAAGAACAGCUCCUGGGACCAGGGACUGUUGUUCAAAUACGAAGUGCAAACGACGAAAGUUCAAAACCAACCGAUCGAUGAGUGUGAGCUGUGGAAGCAGAUGCAAGCGUCAUUGGACAGAACAAAUGGAGCUAUUGGUCUGUUUUUUUUCUCUUAGAUUUUCAAAUCUAAUUCCUAUUUUCAGGCGGUGGAUCUUUACGCGUGGCUUCCGACACCGACCUCCUCAACCCGUGCAAACAACAAGAAGAGUGGGGCAAUUGUGGCGGACUCAGCUGCAAAGAGAACCUCGGAGAAGUGUGCAUUGCCGGACACGUGUGCGGAUGUCCCGACGGAAUGAAGCGCAAGAAUUCCGAGUCCGAGUGCCGAGUGGUCGAAUCGUGGAACGUGCCGUUGUGGGUCGUCAGGGACAAGGAGAAGCCGAUUGUGUUCAGCGAGUCGUUCGAUAAUCCGCAGUCGAAUGUCUAUAAGGAUUACUCGAACCGGCUGGAGACGGGAAUCGAGGGAUGCUAUCCGCACACCGAACUCAAGAACGCCUUCGUCACCGCCGAAGUCAACGAUAUUGUGAAUCCGGUGUUGAUGAACGCAUCCUACGACACCGGACUCUUGUUCAACACAACCGUACACUUCCGCAAGGGAAUGGUCCGUGUACCGUCGGACGCCUACUACCAACUCAUCAAGUACAUCACCAAGGAGAACAACAACGAGGUCGGCGACUCGGAGCUCUACCUCAACCCCACGCAACCCGAUCCAUUCAAUCCAUGCUUCAAAAACGAUUGUGAUCCGCAUGGAAAGUGCAUCGAGACCUCCAAGUACACAUACAAGUGCGAGUGUGGCCUGGGCUAUCGGGAUAUUAAUCCAAGUUCACCGGGCAAAAAGUGUCUGCCGGUGCAUGGCUUCAACGAAUGCGAGCGGAAAGAGGACAAUGAGUGCUCGGAAAAUGCGCGGUGCAUCGAUUUGGACCAUUUGUACAAGUGUGAAUGUCUGCCCAGCUACUAUGACACCUCGCCGCCUGGCGCCGUGCCCGGAUCCCUGUGCGUGCUCGACUACUGUAGCGACGUCAAUUUCUGCCCGACGAACACCACGUGCAAGAACAUGGAGCAACAGGCCGAGUGCAAAUGCGAUCCUGGCUUUAUGGACAUUAGAAAAUCCGAAAAGCGUACCGCCCUGAUGCUCGGAGACGACACCCUCUGCAUGCACGUUCGCGACGUCGACGAAUGCGCCCUGGGCCUCAACAACUGCUCGGGAGUGGCUCACUGCAUCGAUCGCGCAGUCGGAUACACGUGUAAAUGUCCCGACGGCUACAUUGACGGAAAUCCGGACGAGCCGGGAAGAGUUUGCGGAGCGCUGCUUUGCGAUUUGUGCAACGCCCAUGGAGACUGUGUCCACAACACCGCCACCAACAAUAUCACGUGUGUCUGUACGGACGGAUGGUCCGGCGCUCAGUGCCAAGUUGCUCCGUCCAAUGCCUCCCUGGUCCUUCUGAUUCUUCUCGCCCUUCUCUUCUUGCUCCUGACACUUUGCUGUCUCCUCUACUUCUGCACAAAAUGCUACUGCUUCAAGGGCUCCCGGUUCGGAGGAGCUGGCGCCGGAGCCGGAGCAUUCCGAAGGGGCGGAGCGUGGCCGUGGUCGACACUUGAAGGAUCGUCGAGUUCCGAGUCCGGAGCUGGAGAGUUCAGUGCGAUGAGUGCUGCUGGAAAUGAGUAUUAUCCGGAUAUCGGCAUUCCGAGGGCUAAACUGAAGUCUGGUGGAGUCGUCGCCGGAGCACAGAACAUGGAGAGCAGAAGUCUGGAAGUAGCGAAGCUCGAUCAAUAUUUGGAAGACAACAUGGUCCGGAUCCCUCGCGCUCAUCUGGUCGACGUGCACGGAGACUCGUUCGAUAGCAUGUCAGACGCCUCUUCGGAAUACACGAUCAAAGAGGAGAUCGAGCGGAAGGUGACGACGGACGUGACGACGAAAGAGAUCAAAACGACGACGACGACCGACGAAUCCGGGCAUACGGUAGUCACCACUUCGGAAGCCGUUCAUCCUGGAGCCACGACGAUCAGUCAUGGAGCAAGUGCAGCGGCGGCAGGAGGAGCUUAUAUGGUAAGUAUUAACAUGUAAUGUACAACGAUAAUAACAUCUAAGUUGCAGCAAAACUCGUCGAGCAGUUCGAUGUUCUCUUCGGGAGCAGCAGCCGAACGAUCGUACGCUCAGCAACAGCAGAGCAGCUUUUCGGCAGGACACUCGAGUUCUGGCAUGGAGAGCUCACAGCUCAAUUCCGGAGGAUACGCGAGCAUUCGGCAUACGACCGGCGAGAGGUUAGUAGGGAACUGUAGAAGUAGAAAGUGAGUAACCUAUGGAACUUUCAGAGAGCGUGGCGACAGCGUCGAAGAGUUCUCGAUCGGUCGAGCCCGUGGAAUGACGAGCCAUCAACAGUCUCAAGGAGUUGGCGGAGCAUUCGCCUCCACCGAGAACCGUGAGAUCGAAGAGUACUGCUCGUCGGAGGAGGACGUGGAGCACAGUGUGGGCGACAAACGGACAAUAGUCACCCGAAAGCACAGCUUCGAGCCGUUCGAGCACGGAGAAGCCGAACGGUACAAGACGGAAGUGGUGACGAGCAAGACCUCGACUCAAGUCACCAAAAAAUGA